CAUGUGAAGACUGGAAAAUCAGUUUUGCUGUCAGCUUCCCCAUCUUAGCAUAAUUGUUUAAUUGCAAUUGUUUCUUUUGUGUGCCUGCCUUGCUCUCGAAAGCCAAAGACCAUCUUUGAAGAAUAUAGUUCAAUUUCAACUUGCAACCUCAUCUCAGUUUGCUGCCUUGUUGUCGUGGUUCCCAAUCCCAUCUCAUAUUGCUGUCUUGUCCAAGAUCAAGCUUAAAUCUUGAAGAUCAAAAGAAGACCCAUCUUCAUCUUGGCUCCGGUAAGCUCAUGCAUGGCAUCUCUUUCACAAAACCAUGGGUUUUUCAUGGGUUCCCUUCUUGUGUCAGUUUUGAUUAUGGAGCUUGAGUGUUUUGGGUUCUUGAAUUGGUAUUCCCAAUUGAAAUUAGGAGCAUGGGUUUACAUGGGCAAUCUGAAAUUAUGGGUAUGGGUUUACCUACUCCAAUUGAGAUUAAGGGUUCUUUGAGUGAACUGUCCCUUCUCUUCUUCCUCUAUAUAUAUGGGUUCUCUGUUCCAUUUCGGCUAUUGAAAAUACUUUUGUGUUUCAGUCCCUUUGUUUAUCAAGAGUUUAUCUCUUUGGUUUUCUGUUUUUCAAAAUGUCUUGUUCCAUGUUGAAAACAAUUUGAAAAACACAAAACCAUUCAUGCAUAUUCAUCUCUUGCAUCCCAUGAGUUCAGUUGGGAAUUGUAAGCUUCAAAGGUGAAAUCUCCAAGUCGAACUUGCUGCGUUCAUAGCUUGUGUCAUAGUUGAGAUUUCUGAGUUGUUCACUUGUGUAAACAAUUAGCAAGGAGUGAUUACAACAGUCUAGUGAGUUAGUCUAGGAGGAUUGCCGCGUCAGUGCAAUCCAAGUGUUGUAAACUUGUAAUCUGUUUCAUUAGUGACUUGGUUUUGGUCUUUCAAGAGUAAAGGCCACGCAGAUGUUUUCCCUUGAUAGGGUUUUACUGCGUGUUCUUUAUUGCUUUAGUUGGUUUGUUGAAUUUACAAUACAAUCUGUUCAUUAUCAGUUCUCAGGAUUGAUCACCCUGUUGCAAUCCCUGAGAAAGAUUUUUGAACGGAAAAAAUUGGUUGUGAGCCUAUUCCACACACCCCCCCCCCCCCCCCCCCCCUCUAGGCUCCUUCUAGGAUCCACACUAUGGUUACUUCAUGAAGUCCAAAGUUUCUGUGAGAGCUCCACAUUUAUCGUCAGCUCGGAUCAUACUUAGGGAAAUUUGGGAGGAAGAACAAACCAGUAGUUGGUCAUGGGAACAUUAUUCAGCACUGAGAGUUUUUCUUAAAGUAUUCGGUUGCUCCAGAAAUAUAUCCCUCUUCACUCGUGAUUUUAAGGCUCUCACAUUUCCAGCAAUUUUCAGAAGGACCUUCUCUUCUUCAAAACCAUUGCCUAGACUCGCCCAGCUAAUGCUUACGAUGCCGAAUCCUCCAACAGAAGUGGGAGAUGUUCCUGAUGACUUCAGGGACUCCUUGACUUGGAUGGCACCUUCUUCACGGCUGGAGUUAGUAAGAAUGGAUAGAAUACCAGCUUUAAUUAGAUAUAUAUAGAUCAUUAAACACGAAUGAAAGAAUAAGUUGUGCCAGUUUCACUAGCAAGAUAGAACAAAUUAAGUUGUUUUCAACUUGUAAGCUUCAUUCAUUCUCUAGUCAAUUCAGGCUUAAUAUAUUGUUUUAAUA